CAAAAGAAGGAAUGGGCGCUUCUUGUUUUGCUUUCAUUCAUGUAAUAAAGUGAAAUAACCACAUAACCUAUUUUGCUUGCUAAUAAUGUUUAUAAAUAUUUGACAAACGCGGCUGCUGACGGUUCGAUUUUCUCAUUUCCGAAUGAUGUAGAAACAAUCAAUUAAAGUGCUUCGCCAGCCACGUACGCAACAAUGCAGCACCGCGCUGCAUUUUAAACUAAUUUAUUAUUUAUUGUAACAAAAUUUGCUCAUCUCUGAAAAUGACAACGGGUCAAAGUGGCCACGAUCACUCCCUCGCGAUUCGGCAAGAAAUUCAGCGAUUUGAAAGUGUUCAUCCCUCAAUUUAUGCGAUUUACGACCUUAUCGAUCUCUUGACGGAUACGCAUAUUGCCAAACAAAUUCGGGAGCAUGUUGUUGCUAUUGAAGAUUCAUUUGUAAAUAGUCACGAAUGGACGCUCGCAAGAGACGUACCAGAAUUACAUUUGGGAAUUAUUGGUUCCUCCGAUUCGGGAAAAUCAGCAUUGGUACAUAGGUACUUAACCGGUUCUUUUAUGCAUGAAGAAUCUCCAGAAGGUGGUCGAUUCAAAAAAGAAGUUUUCAUCAAUGAUCAGAGCUUUUUACUCUUGAUCAGAGACGAAGGGGGAGUUCCAGAAUCUCAGUUUUCAUCAUGGAUAGACGCUGUAUUAAUCGUCUUCAGUUUGGAAAGCGAGGAGAGUUUUUCGAUGGCGUGCAGUUAUUACAAUAGAAUGUGUUCCUUUCGCAACAUGUGCGACGUGCCGAAAAUUCUUGUUGGCGUACAAGCAUGUUGCAACAUUUCAGAUUCAAUAAACGACAGCAAUCCUCGUGUUAUAAAGGACGUGAGGCCUCGGAAACUAGCUUGCGAUUUAAGGUGUUCUUACUAUGAAACUUGCGCUAUUUAUGGUCUGAAUGUCGAGCGAGUUUUUCAAGAUGUUUGCGAAAAAAUUAUCCAAAAAGUCUACAUGAAACCUUCGAGAUCGAAUGGACAGCAUGCGAUCGAAAGUGAUUCGAAUUUCUGCUCGCCUGUGAGUGUAAAAAAUAUACAGCUACCUGCCAAAGAAGUGAACGCAAGCCCUGUUAAAAUGAACAUUUCUGAAAAGAGUGAAGAGGUUCGUUCCGAAGUUCCAAGACUCAACACAUCCCAAAGCGAUUCGCCAAUAGCGAACGAGAGUUUUCACCAAAAUCCUCACGCCGACUUUCGAUCUUCUAUUUUGACGCCGACAACAAUCAGAAAAUUUCGUAGAAAAUCAAAUUUAUUCACCCCGUCGAAAAAAGAAAAGUACAUGGGUGAAAUGGGAGUCGGGAGAGAAAUUCCUGUGAAGCAGGGAUAUCUUUUUAAAAGGAGCAGUAAAUCUUUAAAAGAGUGGAAGAAAAAGUACGUCACUUUGUUGGAAGACGGACGAUUAACUUAUCACUGUAGUCUACACGACUACAUGGAAGAUUCUAAUGGUAAAGAGAUUCUUUUACAAUACGUAACCGUGAAAGUGCCUGGAAAAACACCAAAAGGUUCCAAGACGACGAGCAGUCAUGAAGACAGUUUUGAGUUCUCGAUUAUUUCUUUGGAGAACAAAACGUGGCAUUUUGAAGCUAAUAGUAUCGAAGACAGAGACAGUUGGAUUUCUGCAAUCGAGCAGCAAAUAUUGUCUAGUUUACAAAAUAGUGAUGGUGAUAGGAAAAAUGAAACUGACGCUUUCAAAAUGCAUUGUAUAAAAAACAAGGUUUCUGGAAACGAUGCCUGCGUUGAUUGUGGGGCACCGAAUCCGGAUUGGGCGAGUCUUAAUUUGGGAGUUUUAAUGUGUAUCGAGUGCUCCGGCAUUCACAGGAAUUUAGGAUCUCACAUAUCCAAAGUCAGAUCUUUAGAUCUGGACGAUUGGUCGGCAGGCCAAUUGAGUGUUAUGUUGGCACUGGGAAAUGACAUAGCCAACAGUGUAUGGGAAUAUUGUCUAAAUGGGAAGCAAAAACCAAACAGUGAUUCGACUAGAGAAGAAAAGGAGCAAUGGGUCAGGUGGAAAUACGAAGACAAGGCCUUUCUGCCUCCCAUUAAUCCGAACAUUUCUCUCGGAAAAUUACUCAUCGACUCCGUUUGCAGGGGAGACAUGCGAGCGUUUACAUUGUGCCUAGCUAGAUGUAGUUACGAGGAUAUUAAUGUGUCUGUGAGUGCCGAAGAUCUACGAACGCCUCUUCAUCUUGCAUGUGCAACUGGAAAUCUAGCCAUGGCACAACAAUUGAUAUGGCAUAAGGCGAAUCCUCAAAACCUGGACCACGAAGGUCGAACUUGCAUGUCAUACGUGCGAGCGUUGGAGAGGACACUUGACAAUUCGUCGGAUUCUUUGGAGAUGCAAAAGCUUUUGCAAGUUCUGGAACAGGCGAGUGUUUCUGGUAAUGAUGAACCAGAUAUGGCCCAGUAUUAAUAAUUAAUUUUCGGUAGUGUCUCAGGAAAUGUUAUGAAUUUUUUGGAUAACAUAAAUUGUUAUUACCUACUAUGUACUUACCGUGUGAUAGUGCUUUAACGGCUUUUAUACAAGAGACUUGAUUUGUAAGUUGUAACGAACUCGAAUUGCCGAUUUGAAUUUCGUCAUGAGCUGUUUUUCCAUUUAUUCAGACUCGAUGAUUUACUCGAAAAAAGAAUGAUUAAUUAGAGGCCGUUCAUUGGUUCGGGAAAUUUUAGCUUGAAGAUAAUCGUAACGUCACUCGAUUCGCGAUUCUAAUUUAAUUUAAUUUAAUUUAAUUUAAUUUUGUUGUCAUUCGUAAAACUCUUGAAUUGUCCGUAGAAAUUGAAUCUUUUAGAGGCGAGUCGAGUGUAUGUUGACAAUGACUGAGAAGUACAAAACACUCAUAAAUCUAGUUAUAUUUAUACAUUUAAUGUAUUUAAAUCGUGCUUUUACAAUUUUCAUGUUAAUGAAAUAUACCGUAUUGUCUCAUAA